AUGAACCAAUACAUCGGCUGUCAGAUUGUUGGUGAAGACAGUCUAACAUACGAAUCUGCGCCUGUUGACAACAAUGAAGACACUGAUUCUGGCACCAAUAGGUCCUUAUCGCUUGUGGCUCUCUUCCACGCCUCGAGCUGUGAAGCACGAUAUACAGAGUACUUCACAUUCUUUACUUGCAUUGUUAGCAAUGCGGUAUCUGUCGGCUGUUGCAGUCACAUCACUAAUGUGGGAUCAUCUAUUGAAUGUCGACGAGAGGUUAGACUGGUAUGGGGACAGCAUUGGACAAGCAUGCAAGCACUCGUAACCAUCAAUUACUAUGGUGUGCAUGGGGCAAUGAUUUAUUUUGCCUAUGUGAUGAGUGGCUUUGGGCCUGAUUUGUCUCAUCCUAUGUGCGAGGGCUUUGUCAUUUUUGGCGGUGCAUAUGUGAUGAUUAGCAUUGGCUUAUCGCAAACCGCAGUCAUUUUACUAUUGCGCGUGAUGAAAGUUUGGGAUGACAGGCAGUUUAUAAAGGUAGCACUCAUCCUUGGCUUCGGAAUAUGCUAUGGUAUGAGUGUCGCUUUCAAUACUUUAAUGAUGCGGCAGCCUGCCAUGAAGAUACUUUAUUCAGACAAGCCCCGUACAUGCUACAUUCAAGACAAAGAUGUCUACAUAGCUGGCACAUGGGGAGCAAUGAUAUGCAUCGUGAUGGUGCUAUCAUAUUCGUUGUACUAUUUGCAUUAUCGGCGAUGCAGCGGAAACCUUCAUAACAAUACUGAAAUUGAGCUAGCUACUAUGUAA